AUGCCUUGGGACAUGGCACAAAGUCCUUUCAGUUUGUCCGGACAUCUCUCUCUCGUUGCAUUUACACUGGCAGUAACAUCAUGGAUGCUUUAUGCUGUACCUCGACGUUCCCGGAGAUUACCCCUCCCUCCUGGACCCAAUCCUGACCCCCUGAUUGGCCAUUUAAGAACGAUGCCCGUAUCGGACAGCUAUCUUGUAUACGCAAGGUGGGCGAAAGAGCUGAAGAGCGAUGUUGUAUCCAUAACUGUCCUCGGAAAAACCACUGUAAUUCUAAGUUCCGUAAGGGCAGCCAAUGAGCUCUUGGACCAGCGCUCAGCAAUAUAUUCCAACCGUCCGGAUUUGCCUAUGGUAACAUACCCAGAUCUGGUCGAUUGGAGCCGAGAAACAACAAACCUUCAGUACGGAGAACGGUGGCGAAGUCAACGUCGCAUGACCCACAGAGUGCUUCAUAAAGCUGCAAGUACGCAACUUUGGCCAAUAGUCACCAGAGAAUCCCGACUGGCUCUGCAACGCAUUUCGACCAACCCUAAAAACUUUCUUCAAGAGAUUAGAAGGAUGACCGGUUCUACGUUGUUGGCUAUUGUGUACGGAUACGAGGUCACCUCGGCGAACGACCCCCUAGUCAGAAUCGUAGAAGCUGCAGCAGAGCAUUUUUCUGAAUGUGCAGUAGCAGGAAAUUUUCUCGUCAACACAAUGCCAUGGUUGCGUCAUAUUCCAGACUGGUUCCCUGGGACAGAGUGGAAGCAGACUGUCAAGGAAUGGAGAAAGGACAGAGAUGAUAUGAUAGACACGCCAUUUAACUGGACAAAGCAACAGAUUGCCUCUGGUGUGGCUGAAAAUUCUAUCACGCGGACGUGGCUUGCGAACCUGGAGAACAACUCAAAUCUAGGAUUGCAUUAUGAAGAGGAAGAGGAUAGGAUAAAAUGGGCUGCUGGGACAUUGUUUGCAGCUGGGGCGGAUACCCACCGUGGAAACAAGUCUUCCGUGGUACUGUCCGUUUUUAUUUUGGCCAUGACUCUCCACCAGGACGUAUUAAGCAAAGUACAAGCUGAGAUUGACGAAGUCACUGGAAAGAGCCGACUGCCUGAAAUGAGGGACAGAGAAGGAUUACCAUAUCUCGAAUGUGUCUUGAGGGAGGUUUUAAGGUGGCAACCCACCACGCCAAUGGGCGUUGCGCACGCAUGCGCUGAAGACGAUGAGUACCAAGGCUAUUCCAUUCCCAAAGGAGCAACUGUCAUAAGUAACAUCUGGGCAAUGUGCUACGACGACUUGGUUUAUCCCGAGCCUGAGAGAUUUAACCCUGACCGUUUUCUUGAUCCCCAAGUUCCAAAGCCUCCUGCAUUCGGGUUCGGUAGAAGAUCAUGUCCAGGGGUGCAUAUGGCAGAGUCUACGCUCUUUAUCACAAUGGCCACACUUCUUGUCUUGUUUGAUAUUAGACCAGUUAGAGACCAAGAAGGGAACGAAGUUCUCCCGCAGAUUAACAUGAGGUCGAACGCACUUACGGGCCAAUCAGGAGAAAGAAAUGUGAUGAGAGAAGACCGUAUUGAGAUAUCCGGUAUACUUCAGGCUGAAUCAAUCACCCAUCCUCCAAAUACCUCUAACACCCAGCCGGACCCAUUGAAGGAGCUCAGCUUGGACUCAUCAGAUGCGCUUAUUCCCUUCUCUGAUCACGACGACAAGAACCAAAGUAACGAGUCCUCUCAAACUGGUACAAAUGUUCAAGGAUUAGGAAACUGUCAUAUCAAUAUCCCUCGUGAAAUCAUACUGGAUCCAAUUUCCCUCGAAAACAUGACUUCGUUGAUUGUGUCCCUGUACGCCAAAUUCUCUCCAGAGGUACUCUUCAAGGGGACCGUGUUCUCGGUCGAGGGGCUCAUACGGCGCAUAGAUCGCUCAUAUGUUGCUCGAUGGUCGAUGUAUCUCGGCGCUCGGGUGAUCAUUGAUCUCUUAAAUGGCACCAACACACAAAAAUACCUCGGCUGGAUCUUUCGCUUUUGUCGACGGAUCACAGAUAUCUCCACUUCGGACGAUUUGGGGGCCAAUCUAGAUCUAGAAGGUCGGUUCGAUGGCAUUUAUGAUCUCAUAUCUAUAGGUUCAAUGCUAUCUGGGAGCGCGACGGCAUAUUCGUUACUCCGACGUUGCACCCCUGUGUUCUUGCGAUUGGCGGCGGCAGAGCCUCGAAUCUGGGCCGACGAUUCUAGUAUUUCAAUCGCAAAUACCUUUCGAAGUUCACGAUACGAGCUUGCGCAAUUUGUCAUUAAUGAUGGCAUAUUCGCUAUCGCACUCGGCACUCAUCCAUUACUCCGAUAUGAUACCUCGGUCCUAUGGGCCGCCGAACCACCUGGGGUUUACCUAGAAUGGAUAUAUGGGUUCCCAAUUGAAAUAUUCAUCCUAUUAAUCAACAUUAACGCGAGGCGAACAGGAUGCAUAGUGGGAGGGGCGACUGGAAGCACAAAAAUAUGCAGUGAGAUCGAGGCGCGUCUAAAGAGCUGGAACUCAACCGUGGAUCAUACCGAGGCACCGGGUACGAUUAUAGCAAGACUUGCCGUUCAAGAGGCUUGGCGGCAGGCGGCACUGAUUUACUUAUACAUGGGAGCAGGAGGGGUCAACUCGGCUGAUCCUCGAAUCGAGGCGGCAGUUCAGCAAGUCGUUCGAUUGGGCAGUAUUAUCGAACCAGGUAGUUCAUUUGAGCUGCAUCUCCUAUUACCUUCCCUUAUAGCAGGUGCUGCCGCCCGUCGAGAGAAGCACCGUUCCGCCCUACGAAGCAAGGUUGCCAGCGGCUUACUCAGGAAAGUGAACCCGCAGGUCCUACCUGUGCGCGGCUUAGAUUUCAUCCCUGUGCUUGACCAUCUCUGGCAUAAUGAAGGGUUGGGUGGGAGUGCCGUUACCUGGGACGACUAUGUGCAUUCGCGUUACACGGUGCUACCUGUUGAAAAACGGCCAUUCUACGACUGA